CCACCUGCCGCUCUCUCUGAUCCUCUCCGUCGUGACCUCUGCCCUGGUGGCCGCCCUUGUCCUGGCGUUCUCCGGCAUCAUGAUCGUGUACCGCCGGAAGCACCAGGAGCUGCAAGCUAUGCAGAUGGAGCUGCAGAGCCCCGAGUAUAAGCUGAGCAAGCUCCGGACCUCGACCAUCAUGACCGACUACAACCCCAACUACUGCUUUGCUGGCAAGACUUCAUCCAUCAGUGACCUGAAGGAGGUGCCCCGGAAAAACAUCACCCUCAUUCGGGGCCUAGGCCAUGGCGCAUUUGGGGAGGUGUAUGAAGGCCAGGUAUCUGGAAUGCCCAAUGACCCAAGCCCUCUACAAGUGGCUGUAAAGACACUGCCGGAAGUGUGUUCAGAACAGGAUGAGCUGGAUUUCCUCAUGGAAGCUCUGAUCAUCAGCAAAUUCAACCACCAGAACAUUGUUCGCUGCAUCGGGGUGAGUCUGCAAGCCCUGCCCCGCUUCAUCCUGCUGGAGCUCAUGGCUGGUGGGGACCUCAAGUCCUUCCUCAGGGAGACGCGCCCGCGCCCAAACCAGCCCUCCUCCCUGGCCAUGCUGGAUCUACUGCAUGUGGCUCGGGACAUUGCCUGUGGCUGUCAGUACCUGGAGGAAAACCACUUCAUCCACCGGGAUAUUGCUGCUAGAAACUGUCUUCUGACCUGUCCAGGAGCUGGAAGAAUAGCAAAGAUCGGAGACUUUGGGAUGGCCCGAGACAUCUACAGGGCCAGCUACUAUAGAAAGGGUGGGUGCGCCAUGCUGCCAGUGAAGUGGAUGCCCCCAGAGGCCUUCAUGGAAGGAAUAUUUACUUCUAAAACAGAUACGUGGUCUUUUGGAGUGUUGCUGUGGGAAAUAUUUUCUCUUGGGUAUAUGCCAUAUCCCAGCAAGAGCAACCAGGAAGUUCUGGAGUUUGUCACCAGUGGAGGACGGAUGGACCCACCUAAGAACUGCCCCGGGCCUGUCUACCGGAUAAUGACUCAGUGUUGGCAGCAUCAACCUGAAGACAGACCCAACUUUGCCAUCAUUUUAGAGAGGAUUGAGUACUGCACCCAGGAUCCGGAUGUCAUCAACACAGCUCUGCCCAUAGAAUAUGGCCCAGUGGUGGAGGAGGAGGAGAAAGUGCCCAUGAGGCCCAAAGACCCCGAGGGGAUGCCUCCUCUGCUGGUGUCCCCCCAGCCCGCGAAGCACGAGGAGGCGCCCGCCGCCCCCCAGCCCGCAGCCCUAGCGGCGCCAGGUCCCUUGGUGAAGAAGCCCCCGGGGGCGGCCACGGGAGCAGGAGCGGGUGCGGGUGCGGGCCGGGUGCCCCGAGGGGCAGCCGAUCGGGGCCACGUAAACAUGGCGUUCUCUCAGUCCAACCCUCCCCCGGAGCUGCACAAGAGCAUGGGCUCCAGAAACAAGCCCACCAGCCUGUGGAACCCCACCUACGGCUCGUGGUUCACGGAGAAGCCAGCCAAAAAGACCCAUCCCCCACCGGGCGCCGAGCCACAGGCGCGGGCAGGAGCGGCAGAGGGUGGCUGGACCGGGCCGGGCGCGGGGCCCCGCAGACCCGGGGCUGCGCUGCUGCUUGAGCCAUCGGCGCUGAGCGCCACCAUGAAGGAGGUACCGCUGUUCCGGCUGCGCCACUUCCCCUGCGGGAACGUCAACUACGGCUAUCAGCAGCAGGGUCUCCCCUUGGAAGCCACCGCUGCCCCCGGGGACACCGUGCUGAAAAGCAAGAAUAAGGUCACCCAGCCAGGGCCCUGAGCCCCACGCCACA